GGAUAAUUAUUUCACAUAUACUUAUACAACUCUUUUCUCUACUACUCAUGUCUUAGACCCUACUUUAGGUCCUAAGACUUACAUCAACCACUUGCUAGUACCACCCUACUUAUCUUGGAACUCUUAUUAAGACUUGCACAACUCUAUCUUAGACUAAACAACACAAUACUCUUUCUCUUACUCACAAUCGGAUGGCCCGAUGGUCUCUUUAUUAUUACAAAAACAACUAUUAUUGGGCUUAACUCCAGCCCAUUAGUCUUCUCAACUUGUGAUGUCACGGUAAGUCUCCAUGAAAAUGUGCUAAUAUCUUUUUAUUUUUAUAUAGUUAAUGUGCCAGUAUGUUUUGACAGUGAUUUCGAGUUUUUUUUUUGGUUUAAAUGGAAUAUACAUAAUUAUGGAAGUUACACCUAAAGACAAAACUAGGUUUAAGAAGAAGAUGUGUCCAUCUUGUUAGAUAAGGCGGAGGUGUCGUCUAUCCAAAACCAUAGCUGCAGGAGGUGUCGUCUAUCCAAAACCAUAGCAAGCAAAGGAUGUUUUGAAUAGUGACAUCGAUAUGUUUGAGAAGAUAGCUAAUGAGUUAAUAAUUCCAUAGGUAAUGAGAUAGUCGAUCGCCACGGUUUAUGGUUGGCCACCUAGCACCUAGUUGCCGACUAGGCAGCUACCUAAACUGUUCUUUGAAAUACUGAAUUUAAAACUAGUUGAUGCACUCUUCAUAUUUUAUGUAAACAAUUGAUUGCAGUAAGUUUUUUUGUAAUAUUGUAUAAACUUUUUCUUAUUUAAAGAUAUACGAUGGACCCACAACGUUUUUCAUGCCAUAGAACAACUAUUAGGUUGGAACAUUAUUAUACAUGUGUUUGCUACUAGCUAGUUGCGUCAUCUUUAUUUUCGUAGAUGAUUCCAAAAAAGUUACAGCCUAAUUAAUAAUGGUUCCAUUCAUAAUCGAGGUAGGAGAUUUGCAUAUCUAUGCGAAUUUGAUUUCUUUAAAAAACACGUCAAUAAUUGAACCACCAAUUUACAAAAAUGGUAUAAAAUACCAACUAAAAUCCCUGAUAAUUGGGUUGUACGACGUCAUCACUAACUUACCCUAUUUAAAGCCCCUCUAGCCUUCUUUGCCUUCUUACACCACCACUAGCUAGAGUGAAGCAAUGGAAUACGAGAGAGACCACAAUACAUCUUCUUCCUCUCCCCCAUCUUUGUGUAAGCAAUUGGCGAGCUCAACUCUCCGGGGAAGCUUUUUAAACAUUCCCGUCGUUGAUCUAAGCGCUUCUGACGAAGAGCUCGUGGUGCGUGCGGUGGUGAAAGCGAGUGAAGAAUGGGGAAUUUUUCAGGUGGUUAACCACGGAAUUCCCACUGAGCUGAUGCAGCAGCUGCAAGUGGUUGGGAAACAGUUUUUCGACCUCCCAGAGGCGGAAAAAGAAGCUGUGGCGAAAGAGGAAGACUUUGAAGGAUACAAGAGGAACUAUCUUGAAGGUAUAAAGGCUUGGGACGAACAUCUGUUUCAUAGAAUCUGGCCACCCUCAUGCAUUAAUUAUAAAUAUUGGUCUAAGAAUCCUCCUCGAUAUAGGGAAGUGAAUGAGGAAUAUACAAGGCAUAUGAAGAAGCUAACAGAGAAAAUUCUUGGUUGGUUAUCAGAGGGACUAGGGUUACCACCUGUGGCGUUGACGAAAAGUUUAGGUGGCGAAAUGGCAGAGUAUGUGAUUAGGGUCAAUUUCUAUCAGCCGUCUCCAAAAUCGGAAUUAGCCUUAGGAGCCGCCGUGCACACCGAUAUAGGUGCAAUCACACUUCUAGUCCCCAAUGAGGUUCCUGGACUUCAAGUCUUCAAGGACGAACAAUGGUUGGAUCUUGAGUAUAUCAACUCCGCUGUGGUUGUUAUCAUUGGCGAUCAACUCAUGAGGAUGAGCAACGGGAGGUACAAAAACGUACUUCAUAGAGCAACACUGGAUAAGGAAAAUUUGAGGAUUUUGUGGCCGGUUUUUGUUGCGCCUAAGCAUGAUUUGUUCGUCGGACCUUUGCCGGAGCUUACUGGAGACGAGAAUCCUCCCAAAUUCGAAACUAUAGUUUAUAAAUACUAUUUGCACCAGACGAUUAGAAACUGGACGCUCGACAAGCUUCCUCUCUAUUGAAAACCCUUGAAACCCCGAAACAAAUAUUCCCUCGAUAAGUGAUAG